AUUUCCAACCAUUGAUUAACAGGUUUCUGUCUUCAUAUCCGCCAUUUUCAUUUAAAGUCUUCAACAUUCAGCUGAUAUUUACAUCAAACAUCGAAAUUAAUUUUCCAGAUAAUAGUUCUAAUAUCACAUUAUAUAAAAUAUACCAUCUACAACCGACAACCUUAAUAUGUUACACAACGCCGCUAAAGACAUGGAAAUCGACGAGAGCUUAUAUUCAAGGCAGCUGUACGUUCUCGGACAUGAAGCAAUGAGAAGAAUGGCUCAAUCAAACGUUCUCAUAGCCGGGAUGCGAGGCCUUGGGGUUGAAAUAGCAAAGAACAUAGUUCUUGGAGGUGUAAAAGCCGUCACCAUUCAAGAUACUGGCAAAGCUCAAUGGGGUGAUUUAUCUUCUCAGUUCUUUUUGAGAGAAGAGGAUUUAGGAAAAUACAGAGUUGAUGUGGUUCAACCCCGUUUAGCAGAAUUAAACAGAUAUGUUCCUAUUAGCAUUUACAAAAAGGAACUACAAGAGGAAUUUGUUUCUGAUUUCAACGUUGUCGUUCUAACUAACUCUAGCAUAGAGGAACAGCGUAAAAUAGCUGAUUUCUGCCAUACUAAAGAUAUCUGCGUCAUAAUUGCUGACACAAAAGGAUUAUUUGGGCAAAUAUUUUGUGAUUUUGGCAAAUCCUUUACUGUAUAUGAUGAUAAUGGUGAACAACCUCUCUCAUAUAUGGUGGCAAAUAUUGAGCAAAGCGAAUUAGGCGUCGUCACUUGUUUGGAUGAUCAGAGACAAGAAUUUCAAGAUGGUGAUUACGUAACGUUCACCGAGGUUCAUGGAAUGACCGAACUAAAUGAAUGCGAACCACGAAAAAUUAAAUGUUUAGGACCAUACACAUUCUCCAUAGGUGACACAUCGAAAUUCAGCAGCUAUAGUCGUGGAGGAAUCGUUAAACAAGUCAAAACAGCAAGAAAAAUAGAAUUCAAAAGUUUCAGUGAAUCUCUGAAGUCACCGGAAUUUGUCAUUUCCGAUUUCGCUAAAUUUGAUAGGCCAGCGCAGUUACAUGCAGGCUUUCAAGCUUUGCACAAGUUUGUUCAAAGCAAUCAAGCUUUACCAGGACCGAGAAACGAAAAAGAUGCCGAAAAAGUACUAAAUCUUGCAAAAGAAAUUGAUAGCGAAAAUGGAGCAGCCGAUAUAAUUAAAGAUUUAGCAAUGCAAGCCACAGGCGACCUCUGUCCAAUGCAAUCUGUGAUUGGUUCAAUUGCGGCUCAAGAAGUAAUGAAAGCUUGUUCUGGAAAGUUUAUGCCCAUAGUACAAUGGUUUUACUUUGACGCUGUUGAAUGUAUUCCUGCAGACACUGUUUUAACGGAAAAAGAUUGCAAGCCUAAAAAAUGCAGAUACGAUGGACAAAUCGCUGUGUUUGGUGAAAAGUUUCAAGAAAUUUUAGGAAAUCAAAAAUACUUUUUAGUCGGGGCAGGAGCUAUAGGCUGUGAAAUGCUUAAGAAUUGGGCAAUGAUUGGAUUAGCUUGUGGUUCCAAUGGCCAAGCUUGGGUCACUGAUAUGGAUAUUAUUGAAAGAUCUAACUUGAACAGACAGUUCUUAUUCAGACCAGAAAAUGUAGGAAAAACCAAGUCUGCAACAGCAGCUAAUGCUUGUAGUCAAAUGAAUCCGAAAUUUAACAUAUAUCCUCAAGAAAAUCGUGUUGGGCCUGAAACAGAAAAUAUUUAUACAGAUGACUUUUUUGAAAAUUUGGAUGGCGUUACUAAUGCUCUGGAUAAUGUAGACGCCAGAAUCUAUAUAGAUAGAAGAUGUGUAUACUAUCGUAAACCUCUCCUUGAAUCGGGUACAUUAGGAACGAAAGGAAACGUUCAAGUCGUUAUUCCUUGGGUUACUGAAUCCUAUUCAUCUUCUCACGAUCCGCCAGAAAAGUCUAUUCCAAUAUGUACUCUAAAAAAUUUUCCUAACGCUAUAGAACACACUCUACAAUGGGCUCGUGAUCAAUUUGAAGGAAUUUUCAAACAAGCCCCUGAGAGUGCUGAACAAUAUUUAAAGGACAGCAAAUUUGUUGAAAGAACUCUCAAAUUACCUGGGGUUCAACCAGCCGAAACAUUAGAAACUGUGAAGAAGUUAUUGGUUGAUGAACGCCCAGCUAAAUUUGAUGAUUGUAUUAUGUGGGCAAGAAAGUUGUUUGAAGAGAACUACACAAAUCAAAUUAAACAACUAUUGUUCAAUUUCCCCGAAGAUUAUACGACUUCUUCGAAUACUCCAUUCUGGUCAGGACCUAAACGGUGUCCUCAUCCUAUUUUCUUUGAUGCGUCAAAUUCUGAGCAUCUUGAUUAUGUAGUAGCGGCCGCCAAUCUGAGAGCGGAAAUGUAUGGAAUGACUGAAAGGGCUGAUAGAAGUUAUAUUCAAAAGUAUGCCGAAAAGAUAAAACUUGUAGAAUUUGUUCCACGUAGUGGAAUUAAGAUAGCUACGACUGAUUCAGAAGCAGCAAGUGCUAAUGAUGAUGGAUGCGUUGAUGAAGAGACCUUACAAAGACUGCUGAGUCAAAUUCCAAACUGUCAACAAUUAGACGGUUUACAAAUAAAAGCCAUUGAAUUCGAAAAGGAUGAUGAUACAAAUUUCCAUAUGGAUUUUAUUGUUGCCUGUUCUAAUUUGAGAGCUACAAAUUAUAAUAUUCCAACAGCGGAUAGACAUAAAUCGAAACUUAUAGCUGGUAAAAUCAUUCCAGCUAUUGCAACUACCACAUCUUUAAUUGUCGGUCUUGUUAAUCUUGAAUUAUAUAAAAUUGUUUCCGGACAAAAGAAAGUUGAACGUUUCAAAAACGGUUUCAUUAACAUAGCCUUACCGUUCUUUAGUUUUAGUGAGCCAAUGAAGGCUGCUGUUCAUAAAUACGCCAACGAAUAUUGGACUCUUUGGGAUCGUUUUGAUAUUAAAGGAGAUGCAAAACUGAAAGAUUUAAUAAGUUUUUUCCAAAAAAAGCAUGGAUUUGAGGUGACAAUGAUUUGUUAUGAUGUUGCCACAUUGUUUUCAAACUUUAUGGAUAAUACGAAGAAAGAGAGACGAUUAGAAAUGAAAAUUUCUGAAAUUAUUGUAGAAGUUACAAAGAAAGAAAUACCUGAUCAUAUUAAAUCAAUUGUUUUAGAAGUUUGUUGUGAUGAUCAGAAUGGAAAGGAUGUUGAAAUACCUUACGUUAAAUAUUCGUUAAGAUAA